AUAAGGCAUAAUGCCAGAAUCAGCCCCCAUCUCUCUAAACUUUGAAAAUUACUAUGUUUUUGAUUUUUCUUGUCAUCUUCAUCCCUCACCAGUUUCUUCAUCUGAUGUCUCCCAAGCUACAUCUCUGAAUGUAGGAAUGUCCCAUCAUUUAGUGCUUGAACCUCUUGUCCUGUCUGUCCACACCCACUGCCUUUCCAUAUCAUCUCACCUUGUGGUUUAAGCCCCUCUGGCAUGUCUCCUUUUCCCUUGCAGCCCCCUCUCCUGACCUCUAGACUCCUGUGUCCAGUUGUGUCCUUAACUCAGUGCCAGGACGCCUGUCAUUAUGUCCUCCUUCGCAUAUCCAAGAGGGACUUUCUCAGCUCUCCUAAACGCGUACCCCUGCAGUCCUCACAUCUCAGAUUUGGAGGACCCUGUAAUUCCUGGAGCUUAGUGCAAUUUCUUGUCAUAUAUUUAAGAUAUAUAGGACAAUUUUUGUAUGAAAUGAAAAAAAUUGCGUGAUUACUUAAAAGAAGUGUGGAAAUACAUUGUCUUGAAAUUCUCUUGAGAUGUGGGAGAAGUGAGUUUGCAGACCUGGGCCCUCCCUGCUCUCCUCCCCUGGACCCUUCUGGCCUCAUCUCCUGCUUGUGUCGUCCUCCCUGGCCCUGCUCCAGCCACACAGGCCUCAUCCCUUUUCCACGGUUGCUCCUGCCUCGGGGUCUUCUCCUGGGCUGUCCCUCUGCCUAGAACUCUCUGCAUGUAAGAACCACUGGCUGCAUGUAAGAAGCACCCUUCCUUCCCCAGGUCUUUGUUCUGAUGUCACCUUCUCAGAGAGGACUUCUGUUAUCCCUGACCCCAUUUAACAUUCCAGCCACACCUUGACCGCCACCUGUGGUUCAUAUUGGCUGCUCUGCAAGUUUCUUCUUGGUCCUUCACCUUUCAGUGUGUGGACACUGGUGACGACAAGUGGCAAAGAGAAGAGCAGAGGCAGAAGUAGGGAGGGAUCCUGGCCUUGCCCCUCUGAGUGGAGCUCACCCCUGGCGUCACAUUAGAGUGCUGAGGCAUUUGGCAAAUAUUUACUCUCCUUGCCAGAGAUUGCACUCCCCAUAGUCAGGGUGGGCCCAGGCUGAAGAGUAUUUAGAGUUGAUGCGACUUUGUUUUCAUGGUAGAUAACCACAGGUCUGUGUCCUCCAUUUCUGAAGGCUGAAAUCAGCCUGUGAUUCCUGCAGGGGUGAGGGGGACUGUGCUCUGCAUUGGGUUUGGUCAGGGCCAUACCUGUGCCCUGCAGGGGAGCUCAGCCCAGCCCAGCUCCCCACUGCUGCAGCGUGAGUGUGGGCUUCACCAGGAGGGGAGCCAGUUCUGGUGAAAGGGGUCAUAGACUCACUAGUGGAUCAUCACCUAUGAGUUUAUUGUCCCUGCAUCCCCCCUCGGUGUAAUGGACAGGAGAGACCAUCUUUUUACAUGGGACGUCUUUUGCUCUUCAUGGAUUGUGGCACAGAGGGGGCGUGUGUUGAUUCUCAGCAUUGAACAGCAUAUUUUUGACAUUCAGGAUUGACUUUUAAAGAUUGAUGAUGGGUGAGGAAGAAUCCCAGAUCAGGAGGAAGAGGAAAGAAAAGGAGUCAGGAAUGGCUGUUACUCAGGAAUCUUGCUUCCUGACCUGAGGGUUAUCUCUGUGUUGGAGGAAGGGGAAGAUCCCUGGACUAUGGACAGUGAAAUGAAAACACCAGGAAACUCAAAUAGGGGAGAGAGGAUCCCAGGUUUGCAUUCAGGGAGGAGCUGUGUCUUGGGAAAUGAUGCAGGAAACAAGCCCAUUAAAACUGAACUGGGAUUAAGCUUUCAGUUCCAUCAACCUGAAAUACAGCUAUUUCAAGCUGAAGGGAAAAUUUAUGAUUAUAAUCAAGUGGAGAAGACUAUCAACCCUGUUACCUCACUUUCACCACUUGAAAACCUUACUUCUAAACUGAAAACCCACAGAUUUAAUAAGUAUAAGAAUGAUUUUGUCAGUUCUGUCAUAGAACAGAAAGCACACAUUACCGAAGAACUCUACAGAGGUAAUGAGCAUAGCAAAACCUUUAGUGUGUCUUCAAGCCUUCCUAACCAUGGGGUAAUCCAUACUGGAAAGAAGCCUUUCAAAUGUAAAGAGUGUGGCAAGGCCUUCAGGCAAAUUUCAGACUUUCUGAGACAUUGGAGAAUCCAUAGUAGAGAGAAACCGUAUAGAUCCAGUGAGCCUGGUGAAGUCUUCACUGAAAAUAUACACCCAUCUCGACAUCAGACAAUUCAUACUCAAGAGAAACCUUACCAAUGUAGUGAAUGUGCCGAGGCCUUUAUUUACAAUUCAUCUCUUAUAGAACAUGCACGUGUUCAUACUGGAGAGAAACCUUACAAAUGCACUGGGUGUGGCAAAGCAUUCCGUCAAAAAUCACAACUUAAAAAUCAUCAGAUGAUCCAUUUGAGAGAGAAACCUUACAAAUGUUACCAAUGUGGCAAAAAAUUUCGUUUUCGUUCGGUGCUUCAUAAACAUCAGGUUAUCCAUAAUGCAGAGAGACCUUACAAAUGCGAGUAUUGUGGCAAGGUUUUCAGGUACAAAUCAUGCCUACCACUUCAUCUUAGAAUUCAUACUGGAGAGAAACCUUACAAGUGUAAUGAGUGCGGCAAGUGCUUCAGACGCAAGACAUCUCUUACAAUGCAUCGGGAAACACAUACUGGACAGAAACCUUACAAACUUAAUGAGUGUGACGAGGUCGUCUGUCAGAACACAAACCUUGAAGUUCAUGGAAACCACACAGGACUGAAACCUUACAAAUGUAACGGAUGUGGUAAGCUCUUCAAUUACAAUUCAACCCUUGCACGACAUCAGUGUGUGCAUACUGUAGUGAGGCUUCACAAAUGUAGUGAAUGUGGCAAGGUCUUUCGUAAAAAAUCAAACCUUAAAAAUCAUCACACAAUCCAUACAGGAGAAAAACCUUACAAGUGUGACAAAUGUGACAAGGCCUUUAGACAAAAGACAUGCCUUAUACGUCAUCAGCAAACUCAUACUGCAGACAAACCUCACAAAUGUUCUGAAUGUGGCAAGGUCUUCCGUCGCAAAUCAAACCUUAAAAAUCAUCACACAAUCCAUACAGGAGAGAAACCUUACAAGUGUGAUAAAUGUGACAAGGCCUUUAGAGAAAAGAUACUUCUUAAACGUCAUCAGCGAACUCAUACUGGAGAGAAACCUCACAAAUGUAAUGAAUGUGGCAAGACCUUCCGUGAGAAAACAACCCUUAAAAUUCAUCACAGAAUCCAUACUGGAGAAAAACCUUACAAAUGUAAUGAGUGUGGCAAGGCGUUCCGUGACAAAUCAAACCUUAAAACUCAUCACAGAAUCCAUACUGGAGAGAAACCUUACAAAUGCAGUGAGUGUGGCAAGGCGUUCCGUGAAAAAUCAAAAAUGAAAACUCAUCACAGAAUCCAUACUGGAGAGAAACCUUACAAUUGCAAUGUAUGAGGUAAGGUUUUUAGUCACAUUUCAUGCUGUGCUAAGCAUCACAGAAAUCAUUGGUGGGAGACUCUGCAGACUCCUUUAGGGUGCAAACUCUUCACCAUGAGUUCUAAAAGUAAUCAACAUCAGAGAGUCCGUACUAAACAGAAUACAUGCAGUGUAUGUGGCAGAGGCUUUAUCCAGGCCUCACCACUCACGACACAUCAAAAGGUACACCUUCAAUGAGACCACGCCAGUGAAAUGUGUAUCGUGAGGCUAAUACCCAAGGAACAUUACUGUGCAACAUCUCAGGAUGUAUAGAAGAGAUAAGUCCCUAGUUCUCUGCUAUUAAUCUAUGAUAUUACGUGAUGGUAUAAAUCAAAAUACAUUGACCCUCGUGACACGAUACAUAUCAAAGAUGCAAGGACAUAUGGACAUGGUCACUUAUAUUAGUUUAUAUUAUAUUUAAUUUUUUUUUUUUUUUUUGAGACAGAGUCUCACUUUGUUG